AUGCACUUCUGGCAUUUUGGUUUUGCGUUGCUCUCUGCGGUGCAGAGUGCUACUGCUGUCUUGUCUGAUUCUCGAUUCGAAAAGCAUGUCAAUACGCUGCAGCUGACCAAUGCGUUCAAUCCUGUCAAGGACGCGUACUGGACCGGUUACCCUCACCAUCGGCGUACCCCGUUUGCUGUUUCUCCGGACGAGAAAUCUGCGUACCUUGCCUACCUCGAUUCUAGUGGGACCGAUGUGCACGUUCAGAAGGUGGACCCAAGUACCUUCAAGGCGGUUGGGGCUACUGUUACCGUCUCCGGUGGUAAAGAAGCUGGUGGACUGGUUGCCCACAACGAUGGGUUUGCCCUCCUGACGAAUGAGGCUAUGCCCUCUGGAACCACCAACGCGCCCCCCGAUAACACCCCAGUCCCUGUUCUCUAUCGCUAUACGAACGGAAGCAAGACCUGGAAAACUUGGCUAGGUGGCCCUGACGUACACGCAGCGGAUGGCCUUUCUGCCUCUCCUGAUAUGAAUGGUGACCUAGUGUACUCUGAGGCCGCUGGCAUGUACGGAGCCUACUUCGUCGUUACUGAUUACGCCGGAUGGGCCUCGGGUCAUUUUGGCGAUAGCAUCCAGUACGUGAAUAAUGACGGAAAGCUUGUCGAUAUCGCCGGAGCCUCUAGCUCCUGGGGCUGCAGCCAUAACACCGGUAUUGCUUUUGAAGCAGCUGAUGAAGCUCCAUUCGCCAGCAUCUGUGCCGAAGAUCAAGGAGCUAUUUGGCUCAAUACCAAGACCCAGGGUAUGAUGAACGACGGCGUCAAAAUCUCCAAUGAGCACACAAUCAACGGGGCCUCUGGAGAACCAAUGGGUGGCAUGUCCGGUAGCUACAGUUCAUUGGCUCGCUUUGGGAAAACCGCAAAAUAUGUCUUCGCUUGGACUUCUCGUGGCGCUAUUGACCUGACCGAAAACACCUGGAUGGGCAGUGGAUACACCCAGGCGAAGAACCGCACCAACAACCGCAAUGUCGCUAUGGCUCUGCUCUCUGAUAAGUAUACAAAGGUUGGUGCACAGGCUAGCUCCGAGGUUGGCGCGGCAGACGGCGACAGCCAAGUCCAGUGGGUCAAGAAGGGAGAAAAUGAUUGCUCUAAUGUUCACGUUGGAGCCUUCGGACCGAUCAAUGCCCUUCUUACUUGGGAGGAAAUUUCGGACCCCAUCUGUGACUUCGAUGCUAUGGGCUGCCGUGGAACAUUUGCAGGCUCGUACUUCCAGCAGGUGAACAGAGACGGCCAGGUAGUCGGAAGCCCCCUGAAGGCCAUGGACACUUAUGUCGCAGGUGACAUGGUCAACAUUGGUACUCGCCGACUAUGCUGGCCCUACGUCCACAUGGACUGGGACUUGUCGCAGGCUGUCAAUAGUUGGGAUACUCCUUCUACCACGAAGCAGAUGAGCUUCGCCUGUAUCAGUAUCUAG